UAAAUUUUGUAAUAUAAAAUUCAGUUUUGUUACUCAAAAACAUUUGGUAUAAAAGCUUUAGAUAUUCGAAGAGACGACAUAAACAUUUUGAAGUUGCAUUUCGGAGCUGAUAAUUUUGACUUAAAUCGAAUAAAAUGGUGCUCAAGAAAUGUGCCCUUUGUUUUGCAAUUUUCAUCCUCGUUGCUGAAGCCCGUGCUCAGGAAGGCAACGGAGAAGCGGGUGGAGAAGCUGGAGCAGGAGCUGGAGCUGGAUUUUCUGUAGGAGGAGGAGCAGGAGCUGGUGGAGGUGGAGGUGGUGAAGGUGGUUGUGGCGGAGAAGGAGGCGCAGGAGGAGAAGCAGGAGCUGGAUUUGGUAUGGAAGCCAGUGCCGGAGCCGGAGCUGAAGGUGGUGGCGGAGCUGGCGGCGGAAACUAAGAUUCCAUUAAAUACCAUUAAAAAUGAAUGAAACAUAAAGCUUUAUUAUGCCGUAUUGUUUGUUUUGGUUCCCUUAAAUGUAUUGAAGAAAUGGCAUACUUUUGUAGCAAAUAGAUUCGCUUUAAACGAAAAUAAUGAAAUUAACAAUUAUACCUAUUUGAUUUAAAGAACAUUGGUAGUUUUGUAAGGAAUAUGAAAAACAUUUUCUGCGGGAAGUGCUUACGAGAGUUAAAAAUAAAACUUACAUUUUACUGAUUUCUUAA